GCAUUAUCUGAUAAAGCUAUAACUAGAUACAACUGUUUAAAACACAAAUUUGAUUUAGACUUUGAUACUGGAGAUGAAGAUUCGCAUAAAGAUAAAAAAAGGCAGACAUGGAUAAAAACAUAA